ACCCCCGCGCCGCUCCCGCUCCGCCGGGCCGAGCCGCAAGUAUCGCGGGACCGGGCGCUGCCCGCGCCGCCGCAGCCAUUUGGCGGCGCGGCUGAGAAGAAGGCGGCGGCUGAGCCGCGGCCACCGAGCCCGGCGAGGCAGCGGAGCCGAGCGCAGCGCAGCCCCGGGGCCGCUGUCCCGCCGCGCCGGGCCAUGGGGAGGAGGAGGGCGGCGGCCCCGCGCUGUCCCCCGGGCGGGCGGCGCUGCUGAGCGCGGGGUGUCGGCGGGGCCGCUGCGGGCUCGGGGUCCCGCCGCAGGCGCUUGGGAGGUUUUGCGGUUCAGUGCUCGGGGCCAUGGCCCAAGUGAAGCUUCCAACCUGCACAUGGGACACGGCCCAUAACGUGGGAUGCUCGUCCCUGCUCCCCCGUGGGGCUGCACCCGCGGGGCCGUGACUCAGCUCGGCCGGUCCUGCCUGUUCCCGGGGGGGACGGACAGACAGACAGACGCCAGCGAUGAGGAGGUUCCUCUACUGCAAGGUGGUCCUGGCCACUUCCCUCGUCUGGGUGCUCGUCGACGUCUUCUUGCUGCUCUACUUCAGCGAGUGCAAUAAAUGUGACGACAAGAAGGAGCGGUCCCUGCUGCCCGCGCUCAGGGCCGUUAUUUCUCGGAACCAGGAGGGACCUGGCGAGAUGGGGAAGGCCGUUCUCAUCCCCAGGGACGAGCAGGACAAGAUGAAAGAGCUUUUCAAAAUCAACCAGUUCAACCUCAUGGCCAGCGACCUGAUCGCCCUCAACCGCAGUUUGCCCGACGUGAGGCUGGAGGGGUGCAAGACCAAAGUGUACCCCGACGAGCUGCCCAACACGAGCGUGGUGAUCGUGUUCCACAACGAGGCCUGGAGCACGCUGCUCCGCACCGUCUACAGCGUCAUCAACCGCUCCCCACGCCGCCUCCUCGCCGAGAUCAUCCUGGUGGACGAUGCCAGCGAGAGAGAGUUCCUGAAGGCCUCCUUAGAGAACUACGUGAAGACCCUGGGCGUCCCGGUCAAGCUGGUGCGGAUGGAGCAGCGGUCGGGGCUGAUCCGCGCGCGGCUGCGCGGGGCCGCGGCCGCCUCGGGCCGGGUGCUCACCUUCCUGGACGCGCAUUGCGAGUGCACCCUGGGCUGGCUGGAGCCGCUGCUGGCGCGGAUCAAGGAGGACAGGAAAACCGUCGUGUGCCCAAUCAUUGAUGUGAUCAGCGACGACACGUUUGAGUACAUGGCCGGGUCUGAUAUGACGUACGGGGGGUUUAACUGGAAACUGAACUUUCGGUGGUACCCGGUUCCCCAGCGGGAGAUGGACAGGAGGAAAGGAGACAGGACCUUGCCCGUCAGGACCCCUACUAUGGCUGGUGGCCUAUUUUCUAUUGACAGAAACUACUUUGAAGAGAUAGGAACUUACGAUGCAGGAAUGGAUAUCUGGGGUGGCGAGAAUCUUGAAAUGUCUUUUAGGAUCUGGCAGUGCGGCGGCUCCCUGGAGAUCGUCACCUGCUCGCACGUGGGGCACGUGUUCCGCAAGGCCACGCCGUACACCUUCCCCGGGGGCACCGGCCACGUCAUCAACAAGAACAACAGGAGGCUGGCCGAGGUCUGGAUGGACGAGUUCAAGGACUUCUUCUAUAUCAUAUCCCCAGGUGUCGUUAAGGUGGAUUACGGCGAUGUAUCCGUCAGAAAAGCGCUGAGGGAGAACCUGAAGUGUAAACCCUUCUCGUGGUACCUGGAGAACAUCUACCCUGACUCCCAGAUUCCACGGCGCUACUACUCGCUGGGUGAGAUUAGAAACGUGGAAACCAACCAGUGUUUAGACAACAUGGGCCGCAAGGAAAAUGAAAAAGUCGGCAUCUUCAACUGCCACGGCAUGGGAGGAAAUCAGGUGUUCUCGUACACGGCCGACAAGGAGAUCCGCACGGACGACCUGUGCCUGGACGUGUCGCGGCUCAACGGCCCCGUCCUCAUGCUCAAGUGCCACCAUAUGCGGGGGAACCAGCUCUGGGACUACGAUGCCGAGAAGCUCACCCUGAGGCACGUCAACAGCAACCAGUGUCUGGACGAGCCGUCGGAGGAGGACAGGAUGGUUCCCACCAUGCGGGAGUGCGGGGACGGCCGUUCCCAGCAGUGGCUGCUGCGCAACAUGACUCUGGGCGCCUGAAGCUGCCUCAGACAUGAUGCCCCAGCCGGGAUCUCCUGCUGCUCCUCGUCCUCAUCCUCCUCUUCCUCCUCCUCCUCUCCUCACUGGGGCCAGCAGCGCUGGUGCCCUUUCCAAAUCCCGGCUGUCAGAGCAAAGUCAUUAACACGUCAGCUCUCCACCUGCGCGUUAAAACCUGUGACAGUCCAACAGAAGCUCAUCUGAGCCUAUACAUGUCAAAACAAGCACUGUUACCAAUGCAAACGUGCUCAAAAAUGGUUCCAGAGAAACCUCUAUGAACCCUGCACCAAAGAGGUUGGGAUGGGGGGUGUUUUCUGUGUGUCUCAUAUCAUGGAGAAAUGAGCUGAUAAAAAAUGCCUUAUGACAGUAAGUGGCACUGGGAACCACCCUGGCCGGUGUCUCUGAGCUGGGUGUGUUGGUGCUGGACUUCCUGGGUGAUGCGGUGGGAUAUUUGCUGUUCUCUGGUGUCGAGGGGGACUCGGUGAAGAGCCACGCUGAGCAGCCAAGUCGCCAGACAGAGCAAAAGCUUUGUGAUUUGUGCUGGGGAAAAAUGGGAUCUGGUGAUUGGAAAAGCAGCAAAACUGAGCAAAGACUGCCCUUGGAAGUUGGAAUUGAGUCAAAUGAGGCAACAGCAAGAGACAUGGGAACAAGAUUGAGGAGGAGGAGUGAUGCUAACUCAGAGCAGCGCAGACUGGAAUGUCCUCUGCGGCGGGAACAGGAACGGCUGGGGCUGAUGUCUGGGGAGCUGGGGAUGGAGGAACCAAAAACCAGACUGGGGGUUGGUCUCAACUCCAUCCCGAGCUGCUGCCCUCGAGCACCAGCGUGUAUUAUACCUGCAUCCUGUCCGAAACACAGACAUGGAUCCGCAUGUGGGUGGGACUGGACCGGCUCUCAGUUCGGGCUCCAGGUGUUCUUGCUUCCAUAGCGACGACAGAUGCUUAUUUAUAUUUUUAAUAAUUUGGUGGCUUAACCAUUUUGUUAGCGCGGUUAUUACAAAAGCGCUGGCAGCACACGGUCGUGUGGGAGGCGUCGCAGGAACUGAUGCUGUGCCAGCCCAUGGCAGGGUGCGAGGUGUGCCCUAUACAUACAGGUGACAUUUCCUAUAUGUUCUGGUCAUGUUUCCCUUGGCGUGACAUCUGGGUUUUCAGCACUAAUCUAAUUUCCCAUUGCCGAGAGGGUUCAAGAGACCUCAACGACAGGGCAGCAGCCGCAGUGUAAUUCUGGCACGGGUAAGUGGAGAAAUGGUUUCCCAUGAUUUCACUCACAGUUCCUCACAAGGUCUGUUUAUGCACUAUGUCAUGAAAAAAUGACAGUAUUUUCUGUAUAAUGCUCUGGUUGUUAUGGAUUAAUAGUGUCGUAUAUAUGUACGUAUUAUAAAUUUAUAGAUCGUCCAUACUUCCUUGAUACACAUCAUUAAAUGAAAAACAGAGGGACAUUAAAUUGGAAAAGUGAUUGGUGUGUAUGCACGGGAGCUGGAGUGUGGUGGGUUAACUGGGGCUUGGAGGUCACCUAGUCCAGGCUCCCAGCUCUCAAGUGGGUCAAACGCUUCCAGUUCUCAUCUUCAAACCGCCACAAAAGUACACAAUAUGGCUUAAAAGCUCACGAAACUGUAAUUCUGCUUGAUGGGAAGAGCAUGCAAACAUCACAAACAAUUUAAACACCAAUCCCCACGCAGGAAAAUAAAAUAAUAAAUGGUUUCUUCAUCUCCUUUCCAAGGGCUUUUGCCACAUGCGCAGCCACUCCGUGAGGUUUUCUUGAUGUCGUAGCCAGGAGGUGAUGACAUGGUGUAAUCGAUGUGUAACUGAGGUGCAAUCUCAAAAACAGAUGAAGAAUAUUUUUCUCCUCAGAGUUACUAUAAAGGUUACUGUUUGUUAAUGAUUGGACUCAAUGAUCUUGAGGGUCUCUUCCAACCAAAACGAUUCUGUGAUUCUAAGAGAGAAAACCGGCAGGGUUUGGGUAUGGAAAAACAAUGUGUAUGAUUGUACUUAUUCAGGAGCAAGUGGACCAGCCCUCGUGGUCCCUACACAGGUAUCGCUGUGGGUCUGCACGCCAGCAGGAUGACCUGAUGCCUGGAAAUGAUGCUCAGACCUAAAAAAAAGCACUGAAAUACCUGUUAAAUUCAGUCCUGGUGGAUAUUUCUGUGCGCUCUGAGGGGCCGGAUCCUGGAUUUACUCCCCGGUGAGGAUGCAGAACCCCACGAGUCUCAUUCCUGAGGAAUUUCACCCCAAUCCCCAUUUACGGAGAGCGAGGUGGUGAUGGCGUCGCACCGUCAAUGCCGACACAGCGUCGGGAGCGAUGGGGUUUGGUGAUGGGACGUGAGUUACCGCGCCUGGGCCCGGCCCUUCGCCGAGCUCAGCUGUUGCCUGGACAACUCCUUUGGGCUAAAAUCCUUUAAAAUCACUUGUUCGGUUGCCUCUGUGGGCGAGUGUCUGGAGUUCAGUGCCCACAGCCAAAAAUCAUCGGUUGGUCUUUGUUUCCCUGUCUAUAAAAUAUCUCAAAAAGGCGUCGGGAGGGUUGACUUCUAUAUGCGCGACGCGUUUAAAAUGUGAAGAACUAUACAAAUGCUGAAUAUUUAUUGUUUUCAUUGAGAGAGUGCUGCUGGCUCUCGUAUUUUUUAGGAAUUGCUUUGAUGAAAUGAGAGUGAGCUGUAAUUCUGGGUGGCACCAGCAAAAUGAACGUUUUGAAGAGUAAGUUGAACCGUAAAUUGCUGUAAAAAGCCGCGUUCCUUUGUAUCUCCCAACGCCUUUGGUUGAUCCACGGAGGUCGGGGACACCACUGCAAGCCCAGAACUGAAAUAUUUGCACCAAUCAACAUAGAUGGGUUUCUCUACCGAUAAGUAUUUCCCAGGCACUAGGAGGAUUUAUUUGUUUGUCAUGCUCUAAUAUGAAUAGCGCUUUGAAGAAAAGCUGUACAACUCCAUGUUCUGAUUUUGCUCUUCUUAUUUAAAAGCGGAGAUCUUCUCUGAUACGACACCGUUUGCAUUUUUUGGGGUAGCUGAAAGGCUAACAGCUGGUGAGAGCACACCACGUGUAACCUGCGAGUAGCUACCAGCCGUUGUAUGAACACCAGCAACGUGGUUCAAUGUGGCUUCCCGUGCUCAUUCUCCAACACGUAGCAACACCCAGCCAGAACCAUCACUCCGAUAUAUGGCCACCCCCAUUUUAUUUAUUCUCUGUAAGCACCUAUUCAGGACAGCUGGGUAAGCGAUGCCUCGCGGUACUCUUGAGAUAAUACAAAUUCUAUUAGAUUCAAACCAGAAUUUGCUGGGUGCUUUCCAAAGCAGGAGUAGCAGACUGAGGUGUGGUGGUUUGGAGGAUGCGCUCGCAAAGGCUCUUGAAUAAGUGCUGGGGUCACAAAUAUAAGUUAAAUUUAUAAAAGUAGAUUGUGGCUAAAAAGUUACACAUUUUCAAUGUUUUAAUAGUUAUUGAAUGGUAUACCGGUACUAUUUGCUGUACAUUUAAAUAUUUAUACAUUUUUGUAGUAUUAAAAUAUACUGGUUUAGUUUUC